AUGAGAAACCGGGUGCAAGUACCGCUUCCUCCGCCCUUUAGUCAGAUCCCUCGCCAUCCGAUUCUCUAUUCUGACCCGUCUCCAAUCCACUCGCUACCGGCUUUGUCCCAUCAAUGCACAGGAUCAAGGGCAUCUACACCGGCACACGCACACUCCCAGCCAGGCCUUCGGAUUUCCAUCUUCGCCAAGAGAGAAGAUCAAGGCGCCUCCUUGGCCUGCGCGGGAAACAAAUAUCGGAAACUAGAGUACAUCGUCCCCGACAUCCUGUCCUCCUCGCCAGCCUACUAUUAUCAUGAAUCCCAUCCAACUCACCAGCCUCUGCCGGGUCCGGCCACCAUCCUGGUCACCGAGGGCGCUCUCCAGAGCAACCACACCGUCCAGGUCGCUGCACUUGCCCGAAAGCUAGGUCUCAAGGCCCUUGUCCUUCUCAACCGAGACACAGGCGGCGGCUACAAAACAACCCCGUCGCCCGAGACGUUUCUCCAAGUCGGCAACCCCCAGAUCAACCGACUUCUUGGCGCAGAGAUUCGCAUGUACGAUGCCCAUGACCCAGAAGCCACCGAUGCACAGCCGGUUCUGGAUGAACUUCGCCUCAGCGGCCAUCGCCCUUAUUGGAUCCCCGGUGGCGCCAGCCGUCACCCGCUCGGCGGCUUGGGCUACGCGCGAGCCGCAUUUGAGAUUGUCACUCAAGAAAAUGAGAUCCAGCUCGGCGGCUCCGGCCGGUUCGACUAUGUCUUCGUCUCCUGCGGCAGUGGCAGUACCGUUGCCGGCCUGGUUGCAGGAUUCAAACUGCUGGAGAAGAUGCAAUUGUGCGUAGGCAACGACUUGACAGUCCACGCGGGGUUUCCGGCGCCAAGACAGAUUAUUGGCAUCCUCAACUCACCAACGAGACCACGAGAGUGGCACGAGGAGCGGGUGCUCAGAUUUGCCAGGAAGGCUGGGAAGUUGAUCGGUCUCUCUGAUGUGAACAAGGAGAUCACAAUGGAAGACGUUCACCUGGACGAUCAAUUCGUUGGCAAAGGAUACGGAGUCAUUGAUGACGAGACGCGAAAGGCGAUGUCAACAUUGGCGGAGAUCGAGGCGGUGAUUCUCGACCCGGUAUACACAGCCAAGGUCGCUGCUGGGAUGAUUCAUUGGGCACGGACCGAGGCAAUGGACAGAUACGCACAGCAGCAUGGUCUACAGGAGGUCAAUGUAUUGUUUAUUCAUACCGGGGGCCAAGCCGUGUUGCCAGCAUACUUUGACCAGAAUCUGAUGAGAUCAACGGAAUCCGGAUGA